UCAAAGAGAACUUACCGGGCAGUGGAGACGGAGCUUCAGCGGGUUGGUGGCAGUGGAGACGGAAUCUCGACGGAGCUUCAGCGGUGCCGCUGCAUGAAAAAAAUUGUGGAUAGAUACAACGACAAGGUUCCAGAUUCUUCUGAGUUUGCUACAGUCGAAAAUGUUGAGGAGCCUGAUGAAAAUACUUUGAAAGCUGAAGUUGCAAAGUUACGACACGUUACUGGGAGGAUGAUGGGGAAGGAACUUGAAGGCAUGAACUUCGAAGAGUUGCAGAAGUUAGAGCAUAAGCUAACUGAAGGCCUUUUAACUGUUAAGAAUAAGAAGGUUAAUCGAUAUGCAUCAUUAGAACAAGUACUACUGGAGCUACUUGAGAAAUCAAGGCUACAGUGCUCGGGGAUUUUUCUCUUCGUGUUCGCGUGGGCACACUCGCGAACGCGUAAGGAAAAUCUCCCAAUUGCCAAAUUUCUUCUUCGUGAAUGCGAAACUGGUGACGCGAAUGUCAGGCUAAGGGGGGGAUACCCUUCGCGAACGCGACCCAGCAUACGCGAACGCGAUGGCUUAUGA